ACCCAUCCAGCAGCUAGUUCUCGAUUUAUUAUCCGGCCAUGUCGGCGACGUUGAGUUUGAAGCUCUUCAUUGACAGAAACGCCAGGCCAAAGAAAGUCAUCUUUGCGGAGGCCGACAAAGCCUUCGUGGACUUCCUGGUCAACAUCCUCUCCCUCCCUCUUGCGGCGGUUUCCAAGCACCUCAACUAUGAGACCGGCGGCGGAUCCCUCGGAAAACUCCACCGAAGCGUCGUGAACCUCAGUGACACUCACCUUCACCCCACCAAGGCCAGGGGCCCCCUCUUGAAAAAAGGUGAUUCAUUACUAUCCACUUCUAUGCCUUUUCUCUUGACCGGCGACUUGUUUUCCGGCAACAAAUCGUACCAUUGUCCCCGUUGUGGACCUUGUGGUGGUUUGAUUUUUCCCAAGGGGAGUGCUACGAUUCAGGCCGAAGCAAUGGAGUCUGGAUAUGUGAAGGAGGGGAUGACGUAUAUGGUGUCGGAUGACUUGGAGGUGAAGCCGCUCUCUACGGUUAACAUCAUCAAUCUACUGAGUUCCUGCAAUAUUAUGAACAUUGAUACACUUGAGGUCAAAGAUGUUCCUUUUGGAAGUGAUAAGGCGCGACAGCUGCUGAGUACUGUUAUGUCCUCAAAAUCGGUUCUCAAUUCUAUGUUUCUCCCGCUGGCAGUGCCUCGGAAGGAAAAUGAUUUGUGAUGAAUUAAAAGGCACACCCAUUUUUUAUCGCUACACAUUUUGUAUGAUUUGUUAGAGAUUUCUUAGCCUCGGUUCUUUCUGAAUGAAAGAGAGACAUUGAUGCGCCUAUGGUUUUACCACAAAAAAGGCACACCCAUUUUUUAUAGCCAAGGCUUAGAGAAUUUAUGCU